AUGAGAGAACCUCUGAAUGAUAGUAGUUACACAGGACCUGUUAGGGUAGCUGAGGUUCUUGCAGGUCAUGUUGACGUGUGUUACCAAGAGUUUAGACUCGAGAGACAUGUAUUUCUCAACUUGCGAGACCGAAUGGUACAUAGAGGCUGGCUAGUGGACAGCCGUUUCAUUCGAGUAGAUGAGCAGCUAGCGAUGUUCCUCGUGAUAGUAGGUCAAGGUUUAAGUAAUAGACAAAUGCAACGUCGAUUCAAUCGUUCAGGACAGACGAUUAGUGUUGUCUUCCACACGGUGUUGCAAGCAAUGCUAAAUUUAUCACUAGAGACGAUCAGGCCACCAAAUUUUGAUGUGGUACCUCCAGAGAUAACCAACAAUCUAAAGUACUAUCCAUAUUUCAAGGAUUGCAUUGGUGCUAUUGAUGGCACCCAUAUAAGUGUCAUCGUACGUAGGUCAGAAGAGACACGUUAUCGUAAUCGAAAGGGUAUGAUCACACAGAAUGUUAUGUGUGCAUGUUCAUUCGACAUGCGAUUCACAUUUGUGUAUGCGGGUUGGGAGGGUAGUGCACAUGAUGCAAGGGUAUUGGAUGCAGUAAGAACUAAUGAUAACUUAGGGUUUCCUCAUCCCCUAUCAGGCAAAUAUUAUUUUGUUGACUCGGGCUACGCCAGUCAACUGGGGUACUUGGUGCCAUUCCGAGGACAACGGUAUCACUUGCAAGAUUAUGGUGAAGAUAUUGAAGAUCAGUCAAGAAUCGUGGUUGCUUGUUGUGGGAUCCACAAUUACAUUAAGGAACAAGCUAUUCAAGAUCAGUUGUUCAAUGAGCUUGGAAGUGAACAACAAAUUGAUGACCCAAUGAAUCCUGAUACUCCUGCGUACCAUGCUUCCGCAUCUGAUGUCUCCCAAAGACUAUCUGCGAGACAAAUGUCUAUAAUGUCUUCGACUGACACCGCAAUGGCAAGGUGUGACUACUGUAAUCAUUUGUGCGAUAAGUACACAACAAAAAAUGAGCCUAAUAGAGGAAGACCGUUCUUCAAAUGCCCAAGGCAUAAUGAAUAUUUUAUGUGGGUAGAUGAAUUUCGCUUAUGUGAUUGUGGCGAGGGACAGUGCAAGAUAGUGAGCUUGGGAGAGCUGUUCCUUCAAAGAUCUGAUCUGUGUACAAUAGGCAUGUACAAUUUCAAGAGCUUCUGCUUCGAAUUCGCCAAGCUGAAAGGAAUGGCGUUCCUCUGCGUCUUCCGCAAUUCUAAGUCUGUACAAAGUCCUUUGGAGUUCAUCCCUUAG